CACGCUCGGCUUUGUUUUGAUCCGACGAUUACCUACUGUUGUAAAUUGAGGUUACCGAUUUCUUUGUCGGGUCAUGGUUUCCUUAUUUAUAAUACAAUUAUUAAGGAGAGACAUAAUUAAGCGAAAAUGUGGCAUUCGUUAAGAACAAUUAAAUACCGUCCACUUAAAGCUUUUUUGAAUUUUUAUGGUUGCGGAUGUACAUGCAGAAGUAUUCACGACGUAGGUAACGAUAUUCCUAAAAUUACAGCAAGCGAAAUUCGAAAACUGUUAAGGCAGAAAGGAUUUGCAGUGCAAGACGGAUAUACAUCGCUUACGACCAAAUGUUCUUUAUGUGCUGUGGAUGAUAAACCGGCGGACAACAAACUGUAUGUCAACAAAACCACAGGUUAUUUUCUCUGUCCAAAAUGUAAUGUUCAUGGUGGUUGGAAUAUCCUGGAGAGGCUUAUGAAGAAGACGAGGGUAGAAGUGUCAAUAAAAGAAUUCAAAGAAAAUUGUCACAAAGAAAGUGAUCAAUUCCAAAAUGAUUGGUUGAAAGUGGUUGAAAGAACUACACCAUUAUCAAAACUAAAUGAAUCUGAGGUUUCAGAUCUUUUCAAGUUAUUUGAGUUCCCUUUCCAUCAAGAUACUAGUAAAACCCUGUCAGAAGUUAGGGUGUCGUCAGAUAAAACAAUACUAUAUUUUCCUUUAAGAAACUCUUUGGAUAAUGUAGUAGGAUAUCGCAAACUGCAGGCUGGCAAAGAGGAAGAGUCUGAAUGCUACGGCCUCCACGCGGCAGGGUUGUUCUGGUGCAAGGCCCCUAAGGUUAGCCGCAGUGACCAGGCUAUACUUGUGCCAAGUAUACAGGAUGUGUUACAUUUAGCAGCUCAUAAAGUGCCAGGCACCCUAGUGUGGUUAAGCAAUUGUAGCUUACCCCCAGUAGUAUUGCCAGUUUUAGAAAACUUCAAUAAAUUAUGUCUUUGGGGAGAUUGGAACAACAUGUGCACUGUUGCUGAGAAAUUGAGUGUGAAUAGGUGUCGAUUUGUCAGGCCCACAGAUGGACUAGUAACUGCGACAGAAGCCGCGGGGGCAGACCUGUCUUUAAAAAUGUUAGUCUCGGAGGCGAAGCCCGCAGCUCACCGCUCUAUCACUACUUUCUCUGCCCUUAGAGAUGAUGUUUAUGCUGAGCUCACUAAUAUAGAUAAGGUGCGCGGUCUAAAAUGGCGGAGGUUCCCUGCCCUGACGCGGCUGCUGGGCGGGCACCGGCGCGGCGAGCUGACGGUGCUGACCGGACCCACCGGCUGCGGCAAGACCACGCUCUGCGCCGAGAUGUCGCUCGACCUCGCGCAACAAGGGGUGAACACCCUCUGGGGCAGCUUCGAGAUCCGCAACUCGCGGCUGGCGCGCACGAUGCUGCAGCAGCACGCGGGCGUGCCGCUCGAGGCCAACCUCCACGACUUCGCCAAAUUUGCAGACGAGUUCGAGAAACUGCCCAUAUACUACCUCGCCUUCCAUGGGCAGCAGCCUAUUAAAGUCGUUAUGGAAGCGGUGGAGCACGCGCGCUACAUGCACGACAUCGCGCACGUGGUGAUCGACAACGUGCAGUUCAUGCUGGGGCUGGGCGAGGGCGAGGACCGUUACCUCCGCCAGGACGCCGUCAUCGCCGCCUUCCGCACCUUCGCCACCGCCCGCCACACACACGUCACACUCGUUAUGCAUCCCAGGAAGGAACGAGAAUCCGAAGAUUUAUCGACCAGUUCUAUAUUUGGUAGCGCAAAGGCGUCUCAAGAAGCGGACAACGUGCUGAUCGUUCAGGACAAACGCUUAACUGCUGUAAGAGGGAAGAAAUAUCUACAAGUAGCAAAAAAUCGGUACAGUGGUGACCUGGGUAUAGUUCCUUUAGAUUUUGACAAGGACUGCCUCAGUUACCAAGCCAAAAAAAAGGUCAAGAGUAAGCAAGAUGAGCCAGAUUCAUUGCUGAACCAAUGUUUUGAAGAAUUCUCCAUUCAAGAAAAUAAUAUCACAUCUGAUAAACCGUUCAGGCGGAAUGGUUAUAGUAAAACAUACAAUAAAAGCGAAAACGCUAGGAGCUAUCUAAGUGAUAUUUUAAAUUCAAAUAGAACAAGAUAG